AUUUUCUUUCCAGGCACGGUCGUCUCUCUGUCACAGAAUUUCUGUCCUCGAAUAAGGAACAAGGGAUCGGAAACUACCAGCCACAAUGUCUAAGGAGGCCCCACGUGAACCCGAACAGCUCCGCAAGCUGUUCAUCGGAGGUCUGAGCUUUGAAACCACGGAUGAGAGUUUGCGAGCACACUUCGAACAAUGGGGAUCUCUUACAGAUUGUGUGGUAAUGAGAGAUCCAGCCAACAAGCGCUCCAGGGGGUUUGGAUUUGUCACCUAUGCUGGUGUGAAUGAAGUUGACGCUGCCAUGGAAGCACGUCCCCACAAGGUUGAUGGUAGGCUCGUAGAGCCGAAGAGGGCGGUGUCCAGAGAGGACUCAAGCCGACCAGGUGCUCAUGUCACAGUGAAAAAAAUAUUUGUUGGGGGUAUCAAGGAAGACACAGAAGACUCCCACCUGCGAGACUACUUUGAGCAAUUUGGCAAGAUUGAAGUAAUUGACAUUAUGACUGACCGCAACAGUGGCAAGAAGAGGGGCUUUGCCUUUGUCACGUUUGAUGACCAUGAUGCAGUGGACAGGAUUGUUAUUCAGAAGUACCACACACUGAAUGGUCACAAUUGCGAAGUGAGGAAAGCCUUGUCCAGACAGGAGAUGCAGACUACAGGAAUGGGUAUGAGGGGUGGUCGUGGUGGAGGUGGUGGUGGCGGCGGUGGCAACUAUGGCAGAGGUGGGGGAUACGGAGGUAAUGACUUUGGCUGUGAUGGAUACUUCAGUGGCCGGGGAGGCAGAGGGGGUGGAUAUGGAGGUGGAGAUGGUGGUUACAACAAUGGUUAUGGGGGAGGAGAUGGUGGCUAUGGAGGAGGACCUGGUGGUUAUGGGGGUGGUAACCGUGGCUAUGGUGGAGGACAAGGAGGUUAUGGCGGAGGACAGGGUGGGGGCUACGGUGGCGGAAAUGGUUAUAACGACUACAACAAUGGCAAUGGCAACGGCGGGAACUUUGGCGGCGGUAAGUCCAUGGCUUCACCACAAGAGGCAGCACCAGUUGCUGGUAACUUCGGCGGUGGUGGUGGCGGCGGAAAUGGUGGCGGAAAUGGCUACAAUGACUUUGGCAGCUACAACAACCAGGCUUCCAACUACGGCCCGAUGAAGGGUAACAACUUUGGUGGCAGCGGCGGUGGUGGCGGUGGCAGCGGCGGCGGUGGUGGCAGUGGCGGGGGUAGCGGCGGUGGCAGGAACAGUGGCCCAUAUGGUGGUGGUUAUGGAGGUAGCUCAGGUGGGGGUGGCGGAGGUGGCGGAUAUGGUGGGGGCUCCGGUGGACGACGGUUCUAAAUGUUCAGAAGGACUCAGUACUUAGGAGAGGAGAGCGAGACAAGUGACAGGGCAGCUGCAGGUUUACAACCUAGAUCUGCUCAGCCAAACAGAUGUGGCAGGUUACAUCUGCUACAAGAAGAGAUGUGUACAAUAGAGAAAUCAUGGAGGGGCUUCAUUCGUUUUUCUGUGUUGUCAAACAGGAUUAUUUGAUGUUUCUGGAAAGCAAGCAUUCCAAUGAGGUUUUAUGUAGUUUUUCUUUGAGUCGUUUUUAUUUUUGUGUAACUGCAACCAAUCAAGUUGAAAUAAACCACCUUUCAGUUUUUUUUAAACUGUC